AUGGGAAGAGGACCAAAAAAGCACCAAAAGCGCCUCAGCGCACCCUCUCACUGGCUGCUAGACAAACUAUCUGGCGCGUACGCUCCACGGCCCUCUGCAGGUCCCCAUAAACUACGUGAUUGUAUGCCACUGAUCGUAUUUAUCCGAAAUCGUCUCAAGUAUGCCUUAAACGCACGCGAAACGAAGGCAAUUGUCAUGCAGCGCCUAAUAAAGGUUGAUGGCAAAGUUCGGACAGAUUCCACUUACCCAGCUGGGUUUAUGGACAUCAUCAGCAUCGAAAAAACUGGAGAACAUUUCCGUCUUGUCUACGAUACAAAGGGAAGGUUCACUGUGCACCGGAUUCAGGCCGAGGAGGCUGAAUAUAAACUCGGAAAAGUAAAGAGAGUACAGUUGGGCAAAGGCGGAAUCCCAUUCUUGGUCACGCACGAUGCUAGAACAAUCCGAUAUCCCGAUCCAGCAAUAAAAGUCAACGACACUGUCAAGAUUGACCUCGCAACAGGUAAAAUCACAGAGUUUGUCAAGUUUGACACUGGUGUUAUCGCCAUGGUCACUGGUGGUCGCAACAUGGGACGUGUUGGUGUCAUCACCCACCGUGAGCGUCAUGAUGGAGGUUUCAAUAUCGUACACAUCAAGGACGCUAUAGACAACACCUUCGCCACACGGGAGAGUAACGUCUUCGUUAUUGGUUCUGAGAAGCCGUGGAUAUCCCUACCAAAGGGUAAGGGUGUUAAACUAACAAUCGCUGAAGAGCGUGAUCGUAGACGAGCCCACGCAAUUGCUGCUUAG